UUUGUCCCUCCUCGCUCGCCGUACAGCACAACUGAAAAACGUGCCGUGUUGUGACUGAAUGAGAGCUCGUCCGUGAACACAGCCGCCGCAGUUUCUACACGAACACAUGUGUACACGGACAGGCUGUGUUAUCCUGUAAACUUCACCCGGCUUUCACUUUGUGGUCGCGGCAGCUUUAAAAACAUCUCGGAGAGCUAGUAACUUGUUAGCUUCGAGUGCUAAGCUAGCUGUAAAGCCGAAGAGAGAGGGAGGGGGGAGGAACCAAAACAAGAAGGUAGCACCGCCGCUGUGUAGCUCCGGGACAACGUUUUUGACCUGUAACCAGAACCUCCCUGCUGACAAUGUCGGCCGUGGCCAACGACUCGAGGAAACGGAGCAAGAAGCGGUACGGAGCCGGCCACAACAAGCGGUGGAAGGGCUCCCGGGAGCUGGAGGUGGGCAUGCAGGGGAUCCUCAUCACAUGCAACAUGAACGAGAGGAAGUGCACAGCGGAGGCCUUCAACCUGCUCAAUGAGUACGCAGACCAGCUCUUCGGGCCUGAGAAGCUCCAAGAUAAUAAUGGGAGCAGCAGCGAAGAAGAGGAGGCUGAGGAGGAGGAUGUUGAUGUAGCGCUGAAGAAGGAGGUGGCACAGCUGCAAGCAUCUGGAGCUAAACGGGAGCAGCGCUUCCAGGCUUUGGAAAGUGGAGCAAACAAUGUCAUCUUCAUCAAGACUCACAAUCUGGAAUCUGACAAGCUGGUUCAUCACAUCCUGUCUGAUCUCCACACCACCAAGAAGAAAAAGUCACGUGUGAUCCUUCGAAUGCUGCCAGUAACUGGAACAUGCAAGGCCUUCCAGGAAGACAUGGUGAAGUACCUGACCACUUUCCUGGAGCCUUGGUUCAAAACCCCAAACUGCGGUACCUACCAGAUCGCCUUCAAGGCCCGAAACAGCAGCCACAACAAGAGAGACGAAAUCAUCAAAUCAAUCGCAGGCUUAGUGGGGAAGCUGAACCCGAAGAACAAGGUGGAUCUGACCAACCCAGAACUGACGAUCAUUGUGGAGGUCAUCAAGGCCGUGUGCUGCCUCAGCGUGGUUAAAGACUAUACGCUGUAUAGAAAGUACAAUGUCCAGGAAGUAGUGAAAGAGGACACACCGAAGCCUGACGUGACCACCGUAAAAAAAUCAGACGCAAUCGCAGCUGAGCAGAAGGAAGAGCGUGACGCGGACGAGACAAACAAGGACGAGAAGAAAGGCGACGGAGACAAAGAUGUGCCGCUGGACAGCGAGCAGGUCGAUAAGGGUGAAGGUGACGGAGAGUAACUGCUCACAUUGAGAGUCAAUUAUUGUCAGUUGGUGAUUUAGAUUCAACAUUUCUUUUUAAACAAACAUCUCAAGUUGCUUUAUAAUGUAGUGCUUUUAUUUUGUAAUAAGGAUUCAUAAGGAAGAUUUUUUUUUUUCAUAGCUGAUAACCGAAUAAUAAUGUGUCAAAGAGUCGAACAGAAUCCAGGUAAAUGUUUUUUAUGUUUCAUCCAUAUCUGUGACACACUGGUUCAGACUGAGUCAAUGUCCAUUUUUAAAUAACAAUGACUUUAAAUUAACUGUACAUGUCACCAUCUCACAUCAUAGCUCCUCCACCAACUGACUUUUUUUAAUGCUGACUUUGAUUUUUUUUUUAAAUUUCAGUGUCGUCUUAUUUCCGAGAUUUUUACUCCAAAGAAAAGAGAGUUUUGUUCAGGUGGACUGGUGUGAUUUUUUUUUUUGUAACUGGUAUUUCCUAAAACAGUCCCUGAAUUAAAGCGACCUGUGUGUUUGACCUUUCUUGGCAAAUAUCAUUUUACUCAUGUUAUGGGACAUUGUACUUGAUUGAUACAACUGGUGCAGAACAAAUACAAAACAACAUGGAUCCAACACAGAGUAGAUGAAAAGAAAGAGGGGAAACUACAUGAAUAUACCAUAUUUACAGAAAUCUGCUAAAUCACACCUGCAGGGUGUUGGUGGUUAAUCACUUCACAUCAUGUUGUGAAAUGUCCUGUCUGACAGUUGCUGUGUCUCAGUUCAGGGUCUGCAUCUUUCGGAGGAGCAUUUGAAGGCCAAUUACGUCACAGUGCCACGCAAAGGCUGUCCCAAUCCGCAGCUACUAUCCUUUGUGGCCUCACUUAUCCCAAGAAUCUUUGCGUGCCUGAAAAAGACUAAAGAGAGAAAAUGGUGACAUCGCGUGGCGUAGAUCUUCACUUUCGUGGGCCUGGGUGGCAGAAAUCACGACGUAAGGGUAAAACAUCUGGUGACACAACCAGGAAAUGCUCCAAAGACUAGACCGUCCCAGUUAACACCAGCUGACACAGUUAACAAGGUCUCUCUGAAGGACUCACCUUCGAAGACCGCAAAGGCCGAGUCCUUCUAAAGAUCCAGACCCUGAAUUGAGACACAGUUAUGUGCAACACCACCACAAUUCAACUUGCAGUUCUUCUCUGCACCACAAGAUGGAGUUAAUCCCUCAUUGUGUAGAGAUACGGAGGUCUGUGUGACAGGUGCAUGUGGUUAUUACUAAUGGAUGAAUCAUUUAUCAAAAUCCACUUACUUUAUUUGCCACCAUCUGGUACAAACAGCUGUUUUAAAUAAUUUUCUGAAUAAUUUUCUAAAUCUCUUGCAGCUGUUUGUAAUUGUGAACGGUAUUUACUUUUAUAUCAGGUUAAAAUGAUCACACACCUUGUGAUUUGAUAGAUGGUGUUUCAUACGUGUUCAAGCAGCUGAACUGUGAUUUACAACUAUAACUAUAACCAACGAGUUUCUGGAGUGAAAAUAUGUCUUGUGAACUCAGCAGAAGAAAUCCAAAAUCAAUGAAGUAACAAGACUGUAGAUGAAGAGUCGUGUUCACCAGGUUCACCAUUUUACUUACCGCUAAACACAAGAGCAAUGGAUACUGACAGAGCAGUGAUGGAGGGGAAGUAAAAAUAAAUACUGACCUGCUUGAGUACAACAAUGA